CAACUUAUCUUUAGCAAGUUCAAACCAAUGAAUUGAUUACCGAUCCGUGAUAGAGUGGCAACUGCUGCAAAUAGUAGUCCAUACACAACAGGUGGAGAAUAAUAAUUACUAGGUGGAGUAUGGGGAGAACAGGAGGACGUGUGAAGAUUGUGGCGCUUGUUUUGGUUUUUCUGGUUGUCUGCACAGUUGUUGGAGUUGUGACAUGGCAUUUAACCAAACAUUCCUACCAAAAGGACGAUGGAGCUAACUCAAAGAAAGCUUCGUCUGGAUUACAGCUAGGAGACACUACUGUCGAUGAAAAGCUAGGUGUUAACAUUAAACGAAGGACAGAGAAUUUUAACGUUUUGACAGGUCAACUUUGGAGCGACCCGACGCGUGAAAAUGUAAAGCAAUGGACAAAAUCGAGCGACAAUAAAGGAAUCGCGGAAUGGUCACGUGACCGGAAGUUAGAGGUAACCUUCAAGGAGGAGGGUGGUGUCCCUUGCUAUCGGAUUGACUGGCAGGUGACGGUUGGUAUGGAGACAGUGCUGACGGACUGCUGGAAUAUCGGCGAGGCUCACUGGUACGGGGGAUUUGAGGAUUACUAUCAGCCGUGGCCUCUAGAGAAAAGGUCCAAAAACUUGACGGCUUAUGUUCCUCACGAUUCGUACCAAAAACUACUUGGUGGAGUGCAAGAAAGGUUUUUCAUUUCUUCCAAAGGCGUGGGUGUAUACAUUGAAGACGAUGUGCCACUUUUCUUAAGUAUCAACGCUUUCAACGACAAACAAAUGUGUUUACAAGCUAAAUACGUGAGGCACCCUUACCAAAAUUUCAGAAGACGUCUUCCUUCACUCAGCUACCAUAUAUGCGUUUCUGAAAACGUGAGAUUAAUCCACGACUAUAUGAUGAGAACUUUUAUAAAACUCAGACCGACGGACAUCCCUGAUAAGACAAUGUUUCGGAAACCGAUAUGGUCGACAUGGGCACAGUAUCACAAGGACAUUAAUGAGUCGCUCGUCUUGGACUUUGCAGAUAACAUCAUCAAGAACAAUUUUACCCAUUCUCAGUUAGAGAUUGACGAUGACUGGACUCCAAAGUAUGGGGACAUGGAUUUUAAUAAUGUAAAGUUUCCUGACCCCAAAUCUAUGGUGAAGAAGCUGAACGAUAAGGGGUUCAGAGUGACUGUUUGGCUGCACCCAUUCUUCAACAUUGAUUCAAACGCUUUUAUAGAAGCAGCCUCGAAGUUCUAUUUGAUCAAGGAAUUCGAUUCUCUACGACCUGGUUUGACAUCGUGGUGGGAUGGUAAGCUAGCAGGGAUACUUGAUGCAACAAAUCCAGAAGCAGUGGAAUGGUACUUAAACAAAACAAAGUUUCUUCAAGAUACAUAUAACAUAAGCUCUUUCAAGUUCGACGCCGGCGAGGUGAACUGGCUUCCUUUUGUGUAUUCUGCAAGUUUUGAUAUUCCAAGCGAAUAUACCAAACAUUGGGCAAGUCUUGCUUACAAAUCGGACACCUCAAUUCGUCACCAAGAAGCUCGAGUCGGCUCCAGGAGUCAGGAUCUACCCAUUUUUAUCAGAAUGUUGGACAAAGACAGCAAUUGGGAUUACAAAAAUGGUUUAAAAACCUUAAUUCCCACGGCUUUGACUUUUGGAAUUCUGGGAUAUCCCUUUAUACUUCCGGAUAUGAUUGGUGGAAACGCAUACAACAGGCAACCGGAGAAAGAACUUUACAUCCGAUGGAUGCAAGCUAACGCCUUUUUGCCAUCGCUGCAGUUUUCAAUAGUUCCUUGGCAGUAUGAUGACGAGGUGAUCAACUUGACGCGUCGAUACAUUCAGCUUCAUGACGACUUCACAGAUACCAUCAUAAAACUCGCCAGAGAGGCAGUGGACACUGCAGCCCCCAUCAUCAGACCGCUGUGGUGGGUGGCGCCGACUGAUGAGGCGGCGCUCACAAUAGACUCGGAAUUUCUCCUCGGAAACUAUAUUCUUGUGGCACCAGUUUUGGAAAGUGGUGCUCGGUCACGUGAUGUGUACUUGCCGCCGGGACAGUGGACUGAUGAACUAAGAGGGGGCAUAAAACAAGGAGGCUGGCAUAGAAACUACAGGGUUGAACUCCAUGAACUCCCGUAUUUUAAAAGGAAAUCCGAAAUAUCGGUAUAUGUGUAAAAGUAGACUUCUGACUAUAUAUUAUGCGCAUUUUCUCAUGCAUGUGAUAGCGCUUUUAAAAAAAUUUUUUUUGCUCAACUUUUUUGUUGUUUAGCUGUUUUAUGUAAAUUCCUUUGUAUUAACGUGAUAAUAAGCAGAAAAAGGAUAGUUUAGCUGAUCAGAGAGAGAGAGAGAGAGAGAGAGAGAGAGAGAGAGAGAGAGAGAGAGAGAGAAUGUAAAACAUUGGGUAUGAAAAUAUCGUUUUUCUUCAAAGAUUGCCACGUAACGGUAUACAUGUACCUUCAUGGCCCUAGCCUGUUAACCAAUAAAGAACGUACGUUCAUUUCAUUGUUUAAACAUCCCUCGUCAAUCAAUUAAAUUAAGUAUAAGUAUGUAAAUUAAUUUAGUCGUUAUUGUCGAUCAGAACAUUUCACAGAUUGAACAGCCAGU